AUGUGUCCAGAUCAAGCCAGAUGUAGAUGCCGGCGUCGGCAAAAGUCUUCAUGCAGUCGUCAUGCUCGGCUUGAGGAUCGACGUGGUAUACGCGGAUGGAAUUGGCACCAAGGGUCUUCAUCAGCCUGUUGUGGUGAUGGAAAUUGGGAAGGACCAAGACAAGAUACCCUUGAGGAAGAACUGGUUGCCAUCGCUGGUGAAGAACUUGGAGCCUUUGGUAGAGAUGGUCGGAAUGGCGGAGACAAGGCCGAGCAAGAAGGCGAUGAAGAUGGAGAGCAGCAUCUUCGGGUGGGAGCAGUACUUGGAAAGAAAGAUGAGGGAAAGGUUGAAUGUUGGUGGGAGACUGGAAGAAUGAAUGGCAGCAGAAGUGUCGUGUCGUCACACGGCUCGCAGUUGCCUGUAUCCAGCAUUUUGGAUGGAACGGAAGGAGCCCAUGGAACUCAAACGGCCAUC